AUGUAUAUAACUCCUUUUCCUGCUCCAUCACUUACUAAACUUCUCCUUCAAUGGAUUGCUUUCCUAUCAUAUCUUAGAAUUCCAAUAAAAGCAAUGGAAUUCAAUUCUAUUCAUCAUCUAUUUCCCAAAUUAUCAUCUCCUUGCUCACAUCCUCUUUUCUCCAUCAUUGUAACUCUUUACACCUUAAUUCUUCUUUACAUUCCAUCUUUUUUCAUAUCAAUAGCUUUAUCUCCUGUUCUUAAUUCCACGGGAAUCAUACUCAUUUCUCUUCUCAGAUUAGGAGUGAACAAGUUAGAAAAAGAAUCAAGAUUUUUAGAUUCCCGUGACAAUGAGAGGUUGGCAAAGGAAUCCUACUCUUUGGAAUCAAGAGUUCUUGAUUGCAACGACAACCAUUCCAACCUUAUUUUGUAUUCAAAAUUUGCUCCAGAAUCUAAAUCUUUGGAAUCAAGACUUAUCGACUUCGUAGCCCAAAACCAAACUCAUGCAGAAUUUGAGCCUGAAUCUGUUUUAGACUUGGAAUGCAAUGAAACACAUGUGGAGUUUGAGCAUGAUAUGGUAUUGGAAUCCAAUUCCAUUGAAUCAUCACAAGUGAUUAAAGAAGGGCCCAUAUACGAGCCUAAAUCUGGUUUAGGCUUGGAAUGCAAUGAAACCCAUGUGAAGUACGAGCAUGAUAUGGGAUCGAUGUCCAAUUCCAUGGAAUCAACACAAGCGAUUGUAGAAGGAGGGUCAACAUACGAGCCUAAAUCUGGUUUGGACUUGGAAUGCAAGUUUGAGCAUGACAUGGGAUUGGAGUCCAAUUCCAUGGAAUCAUUACAAGCUAUUGAAGAAGGAGGGCCAACAUACAAGCCUAAAUCUGGUUUAGACUUGGAAUGCAAUGAAACCCAUGUGGAGUUUGAGCAUGACAUGGUAUUGGAAUCCAAUUCCAUUGAAUCAUCACAAGUGAUUGAAGGAGGGCCCACAUACGAGCCUAAAUCUAGUUUAGACUUGGAAUGCAAUGAAACCCAUGUGAAGUACGAGCAUGAUAUGGGAUUGGAAUUCACUUCUACGGAAUCACCUCAAGCGGUUCAAGGAGGGCCAAAAAUAUUGGAAACGGGUCCCAAACAAGUGGAUACAACAAUGGCGUUUCUUGAAUGGAACAUGAGAGCACCAUUGGAGAUCAUAUAUGAAGCAUACGAAGGAGAAGAAGAUGAUGAAGAUAGUAAUGAAAAUCAUGAGGUUUCCAAUGAUAAACAUGAUGUGGGUUACGAAAGAUAUCCAUCUUUAUUGAUGUAUUAUCCGGAUAGUGAGACAGAUAGCUCCUCAGAUGGCGAUUUCCCCAUGAAUGAAAAGUGGGAAACACAUGAAAGUGUGUUCUUCAAAUGGGAAGAUGAAGAGGAAGAGCGGGAAGAACUUAUUGAGAUCUCAUUAGAUCAUUAUGGGAAGAGAAAAGUUGAAUUUUCACUUCUUCAACUAUAUACAGGUUCAGUCGACUCUUCUCCGUCGGCUCUUUAUUCUCUCUCCUCCCCGAGUCGCCGGCGCCAGACCACCACUGCUUUCCUCUCAGCCGACUCCACAGCGCAGGUCCACAUUUCCUCUUUGUGUCUCUUCAUAUCACUUAAGACUAUGAGUCUCUUACUACUCUCUCCGUCUCUCGUUUCUAGAUACUGAUAAGUAUCUCAUUUAUAUAUUUAUAUUAUAAAUCUUUAGUCACAGAUGUAGAUGGAUGUAUAGGGGUAAUAAAGAUGUAGUAGGUACAGCAUAGAUAUAUAGGGCACUGGUGAUGAACAUAGAUGAUAAAAUGUAUGUAUAGGGGUAAUAAGUACAACAUAAAAAAAAGUCUUACACAAAAAUAAAAGACGUGGUACAUAUGUAUGGGUAAUAAAAUUGGAGUCAAUAAAGUUGGAG